AACAGGAACUGGGAAGAUGCGAGAGGGCUAAGAUGGCGGCUUCCAAUGGGAGGUGGGCGAGAGUGGUGUAUACAGUAUUCGGGUUUAGUUUUCUGUCGGUGACAGCGUUUCUGAAUUUGGAGGAACUGAACGAGAUGAAAUAUGGCAUCGAGAUUCUGUCCGACCCGGUGAUUAAAGGACAGACGCUCUCUGAAGAUGUGAUGAUCGUUUCCUCAAAGUACAAGCAAGUGUACGAGUGCAAGCUGCCAGCCCAGGCGAUGAGGUUUCACCACCCUGACUCUGCUGAAGACUCGCAGGGCUACACGGGACUCGGGAUCCCAGAACUGUUAAAGCCCAUGGAAGGUGCACCUUGUCUCAUAAAGACCAAAGAUUGGUGGACGUACGAGUUCUGCUACGGACAGCACAUCAGACAGUACCACAUGGAAGAUUCUGAAAUUAAGGGAGAAAUCUUGUUUCUUGGUUUUUACAGUUCGGAAUUUGACUGGAACAAUGAAACUGCAAAGGCCUCAAAACAACACAGGCUAAAAAGAUACCACAGUCAGACCUACGUCAAUGGCUCCACGUGUGAUCUCAGCAGGGCUCCGCGAGAGACGGAAGUGAGGUUUAUGUGUGAGGAGGGCUCCAGUGAUUACAUUACUCGUGUGGACGAGCCUCAGUCCUGCAGCUACGUCCUGACCGUCCACACCCCGCGGACCUGUCAGCACCCCUUUCUGCGCCCCGCCUCCACUAACAAGCCCUACCCCAUCAAGUGCCAGCCCGCCCUCAGUCCCGAGCAGUAUGUGGAGUACGUGAAAGCACAAGUGUCGGAUACCAAACGCAGAGUGGAGCAGAUUUCUGAGGAGCUGAAGAGCCUGGAUGAGAUCCUGUCGAGGGACGACGAGGCGGCCAGCAAGCCUGAAAACCUGCUUGUGGUCGAGAGCGUUCAGAUCAUUGAGGAAGAUGAAGCCGACCAUGAAGGGGAUUCAGCUCAGAUCGAGGACGCCUCCAAUGAAGAUGCCGAUUUCUGGGAUGGAGUUAUGAAACCAGACGGCGGUGAAUCUGGGGAGAGAAAUGAGCAGAUGGAGGCUGAUGGUGAUGGAGAAUUUGGAGAACAAGAUAUAGAGGAUACAAAGUUGGAUUUCAAAACCAUAAGAAACCCUUCCGAUCUGGUGAAACUCGCCAACCUAUUGAAAGAGGCGCCUGAAAAGCCAAAAGCUGCAGGUGAUGAACAGGAGGACAGCAAAGAUGUGUCUCCUGCCAAGACUGGAGAGAACACUGCAUCUGUGGAAAGACAAGAGCGAGGAGAGGACCAUGAAGAUGAUGACCUCAUGGAAGAAUUUGAGAAAGAGAUGAAGGACAUCUCUGUGCCAUCGUCCAAGAUAGGGGAAAUCAGAGAGACCAUGGAGCAGGAGUUUGAUAAUAUUAUAGAUGAGGCACAGCAGGAGCUGGACGGUGAGGGUCUGAAGGGGGAGUUUGAUCGCAAUCAGGCAGCCAAGACACUGGAGACCACCCUGAACCAAAUGAUGGACAAGCUGGAGGGCAAAGUGGUUGAGGACCAGCAAGGGGAGCAGACCGACAGAGCCAGGGGCAGCCCCAGCCUGGCUCCCAGACAACCAGACGAACCUACAGCUGAUGAUGAUGAUGUUAAAGUCAGAAUUACGAAGUACAAGUCAGACGGCAGCCCCCAGAACAAGAUGCAGGUGCAGGAAAUGAGUGCUGAAGACCCGCAAGUACAGUACAUCAAAGACGUGGUGAAGGAGCAGCUUGAAAAAGCAGGACUGAAAGCAGAAGGCAAAAUCGAGGUGAAGAUCAUGACCCGAGGGCAGCCGGAUGAUGACGACGUGGGAUGGCUGUCGCGGGAAGAUACCAAGUCCUUCAGGGAAAUCCUCAUUACCCUGCUGACCGGUGGCACAGAGGAGGCUUACAAGGAGCAGCAAAGACAGGAAGAGCUGGAAACGAACUACAGGUUUGUGUGGGGACAAAAACAAGAAGAUACUCCGCCUGCAAGCAACACAGACAACUCUGACGAGAUGGACUUCUGAAUGGAUCUUUGAGAAAGCAGCAGGUUCUGUAGUUCAUUUAAUAAAAUCACACCAGAGUGGUGGUUCAGCUGAGAUCCCAAUCUGGGCCUGAGCUUGCCACCACGAGUGCGGGUCGACUCCACAAGGAAAGAUUCUUAAGUCUUGGUUCAGACGGGUGGAUAGGGCAGGGCUGCUGGCACGUCAGUGCUGCUACAUCAAACUGACGCACAUUAUUAUUUUGAUUUGUUAAACGAGAAAGUGGGAGCUUUCCCUUUUAUACAAAUAAAUAAUUGCACAAAGCUUAUUGCGAUUUUUUUUUUUAUUUUUUUUUUUUUUAUGAAAACAAAAAAAUACAAAACUGGAUGUAGACUUCGCAGUGACUAGGCUUCUCUGUGUUGCUAUACUGACCUUGAAUUGUUUGGACACAAAAUUAGAAACGCCAGCCAUAACGCUGUCAACGGGGAGUGCAACCAGCAACAGCAGCCAGGAAAUUUGACCUUGGACUUUUGUUCCUCCAUGAAGCAAUUUGAUAUGCCUGCUAUAAACCAAUGUGAAACAGGGAGCUGCAGAUUUUGCAUAUUACAAAUCGAAUGUGCUACAUUGCAGUGUUUUUUUUUUUUUCAAAUGCAUUUGCUAUUUCGAUAGGUUCUUAACUUCAUAGAUUAAGCUGGGCUGUGUGAAUUGGCUAUUUCCAGCUAAUUAGCAUUGUGUAAGUUAUCUAUCAUAUUUUGAUUUAAGCAGGAGAAAUAAAGUACUACAAUUUAAGAUGUAGACCUGUUUAAUAACAGUACAGACAUUAAAUCAUCUGAAUUAAUACAAGUUAGAGAUUUCAUUCUAAUGAAUGUGCACCAUUUCCAACCCGUGUGUUUGGGGUUCUACUGUAAUAAAAAAAAAAGUAUAUUUUGUUACAGUUCAGUCUUGUCAUACAGUUCAUGCAAACUAUCAUUCUCAUCUGUCGGACCAAAAGGUACCAGAUCCGGGAUCCGGUGCGAUCCGGCAUAAAUUAACCCCUGAUAAUAAGGUUUAGCAAACUCGUGCUGGAAUUUGGUCCGUUUUAAUUCAAUACCUGAAUGUCACUAAGCUUUCUUCUUUCCACUAAUAUAUAUAAAUAUAAAUAUAAAUUAUUGAUAGCUCACUUGCUUUAUAAUAGAAUUCUGAUACAUUUUAAAAUUCCAUUUUGGAAUUGCCUUGCAAUUACACUGCCAGUGUCUGAGCACAUUUUUAAUGUGGUGUGUGUAAUGCUAUUGACUUAUUUUCUUAACUUCAUUCUUGCUUGAAAUGGUUAUACAGUUCUUUUGUCUCCUUUAAUGCCCAAAGACAUCAAGUUUGUUUAAAGUUUCAACAUCCGUUUAACUGUAAGGUCCCUUUUAUCUUCUCUCUGUAUGUUAACAUAUGCUGUCAGAAAUCACGUAGGAACCUCACGGGACUCCUAGGUUCCAGUCUGAGGUCGUGUAGAAAUAUCUGUCCUCUUCUCAUCCAUACUCAAUAAAGGGGUUUAUUCUUCAGCGUGAUGACAAAUAAUUCAGGAGUGAAGGGGUUGAAUAAGUGGUUUCAAUAUCUGUUUGCCAAGUGUGAGUGAAACACUGGAGAAUUCAAAUCUGGUCGCUAGUUUACCAGAACCUUUAUCCUCGAUACUUAAAGAUUGCAUUUCUUCCAAAUGCACAGUCCUGGCUUGUGAGUCUAGCAGUCCCUGUUCUGUCUUUACUGAUUUUCAGUUUGUAGAACUUUGUUCAGAGCAGAUUUCGCAGGAGCCUGCAUGUUCAAAUUCUCGGUACCUCUAACUGGUCAUUCGGUGGUAAACUGACAGACGGGUCUAUUCAGACUCUCAAAUGUACAACUUAAAAUGAAACAUAUCAUCAGUUAUCUUAACUGCACUGCUUGUUUUUUACUGGCCUCACAAGGGAUCUCAAACAUCAAAGUACAGCUGGUACACCAGAGUGUAACCAUUAACCUGUCCCCCUGCAACACUUUAAUGGAUGUAAGAAAUAACACUCAGAACAAUAAUGUUGCAGGUUAAUGGUUACAAACUGGUGUAGCAGCUCAGAGACCAGACAUGCUUGAGAACACGGAAGCUUUUAAACGUGUUUGUCCAAACCAGAAGAAUACAGUAGAUGGUAUAGAAAUGAUCACAGUUUAAGUUGCUUUUUUUAAAUUGCUUUUAAAGCAUUCAUGAUCCUGAAAAUGGUUUGAUUCACUGUAUUCGGUAUAUAUUUUGUUUUGGUUUAUUAUUUUGAAAAGCACUUUGUUUCCUAUUCAUAUUAAAACAAAGGAUGUUGGAGUCUUUAAAUAAUUUUGAUUUUGUCUUGCUUAUCCCUGUAAAA